AUGGAUACGCCGAUCGUCACCGCUCCAUCAGACGUCUUCAACUUCUUGGGACUGCCAUCUGAGUUGCGCAACCGCAUCUACCAGCUACACCUCUCGAAGAACGGCGGCGUCAAAUAUGAGACAUGGAGCUAUUAUAGAUUGCUAGGCAUACGCAUCAAUCACAAAAGACCCACGAUCAGGCCUCAUGUGGGCGUCAACAUUCUCCGAGUCUGCAGACAGGUUUACCUCGAGGCUGUCAAAUAUGCCUACACUGAUCGUGUAUGGAAUCUCGGUUACGAUUUCGAUUGCGCUCGUCAUUUGGACCUCAUGCCUGACGGCACUGCCGAAAAGAUCCAACAACUUAGACUGACUGCGCGCGUCGAUCUACACGAGCCGGACUUCUCUGUCAGAGCGUUCACGCUGGGUGACUUCACCAGGCUGAAAUCACUCCAAAUCCUGGACCUUCACGUGGCUGCAGGCCUAAGUUUGAUCCCAGAAGACCGGUCCAAAUAUCUCGAUUCACCUCGCCUGGUCGACCUUGUGUGCCACGUUCUCAGCCACAUCCCCAUCCAGGUCGAGAUCAUCUGGUCGUCACCCUUCAACGAAAGCGUUGCGAUGGAAUGCAUAUCAAGAGGUUGCCCAGAGGAGAUUGUGGGCGAACUGGAUGCAGCUUUGGAGCACAUUGCACACAAGUAUGCUGCUAUCAAAGGUUGCAACUACGCGAUAUCCACCUGA